AGCUACGACGUGAUAGGUCAGGAUUUGGUUGCAGUAAGUCUCCUUCAGCUCGCCCUCCAACCGGUGACGCCUUCCUCGGUUUUGCGUUGUGAGGAAUAUUUGUAAUAAAAACCACUUUCCUACGCCGCUAGCAUCAUCUUCCACUGAUACAAUGGCUGUGCCUCCUUCAUAUGCUGACCUGGGCAAGUCUGCCAAGGACAUCUUCAACAAAGGCUAUGGAUUUGGCCAGGUGAAGCUUGAUGUCAAGACAAAGUCAGCCAGCGGAGUGGAAUUCAAAACAUCUGGUUCCUCCAACACUGAUACCAGCAAAGUCGUGGGAAGUCUGGAAACUAAAUACAAGCGGUCAGAAUAUGGCCUGACCUUCACUGAGAAGUGGAAUACCGACAACACCUUGGGAACAGAAAUCACUGUUGAAGAUCAGAUUGCCAAAGGACUGAAGUUGACUUUUGACACAACCUUCUCACCAAACACCGGCAAGAAGAGCGGCAAAGUUAAGGCUGCCUACAAGCGUGAGUACGUCAACUUGGGCUGUGAUGUUGACUUUGACUUUGCUGGCCCCACCAUCCACGGAGCUGCUGUCAUUGGAUACGAGGGAUGGCUCGCUGGUUACCAGAUGAGCUUUGACACCGCCAAAUCAAAAAUGGCCCGCAACAACUUUGCCAUUGGCUACAAGACGGGAGACUUCCAACUGCAUACCAAUGUCAAUGACGGUGCUGAGUUUGGUGGCUCCAUCUACCAGAAGGUGAGCGACAAUCUGGAGACUGCAGUCAACCUGGCAUGGACUGCUGGCAGCAACAGCACACGCUUUGGUAUUGCAGCCAAAUACCAGCUGGACAAAGAUGCCUCCAUCAGUGCUAAAGUGAACAACAAUAGUCUUGUUGGUGUUGGGUACACCCAAACCCUUAGACCAGGUGUGAAACUCACCCUUUCUGGUCUGGUCGACGGAAAGAACUUCAACGCAGGAGGCCACAAGCUGGGUCUUGGCUUGGAACUGGAAGCCUAAGCUUUCCUCAUACUGGAAGGACUAGGGAAUAUCAGAAGAACCUGGCCUUAAAUGUCAUGUCCAACUCAACCAGCAAGGGGAUAUCUUGGAGAGAAUGGUUCAAAGGCUACUGCAACAAACUCUUGAGUACCACUUCAAGAUGGUGCUUCUGUCAGUGGUACAUUUUAUCUUUUGUUGCUUUUUACUUUGUAGUUGCAUCUGUUCAAGAGACAGUUCUUGGCAUAAUAUUUAUAAAUCAUGUCAUUGUUCCUGUCCAGCACUGCCAUAAUAAUCCGAUAAAUACAAUCCAUUUGUCAUCAAUUCUGUGUGGCUUUAUUGUGAUAAUCCAAGACACUCCUCUUUAUUUUUUUUAAUGUGUAAACAUCAAUACAUUGAUCUGUGGGGAGCAUUGUCAUACUUGCUCUGGAUUCACACUCAUGACCAUCUGAUAUUCCUUUGUCAUCCAGUUAUUUGAAACCUUGUUAAGUACACUAGUACACUACUUUUUUUUUUUUCUGCUAGUAUUUAAAUGUGGUCGAAACCUACCUGUCGAUGCACACAAGGACAAAAUAAAUCCCUGUGAUGUUUUGUUUUGCUUUGUCCAUCGCAGUUUUUCAUGUCCUGUUAAAGCUGCACAUGUUACCUUCCCUAAAACUUGAUAGUUUGGGGGGUUGCUUAAAGUUGGAACUGCAAGUUUGAAAGACACCUGUGUACAAGGCCAACCAAACGGGAACAAGCAUUUGUUUCUGUACUAACAGAUCUGGGAGACGCAUCAUUGAUGUUCUUAGUAAUGCCAAACUGUCAAUCUCUAGAACAAAAGUUCUCACUUGACGUUGCACGUGUACACCCUCAAAAGUACUUCCCUACUCAGAGCAAAGAGCCCACUGGAAGGUCCUUCUGUGUGUGUAUUAAUUUUCAAUAAAGUCUUUGAACUCCA